AUGUCUUCGUAUUCCUGGCAGGGGUGGGCGCCUGGUGAUGGCGAUGUGUACGACGACACCUCGGAUGAGAGCUACCAUUAUUGGAACUCGGACUCGGACACCGAAUCAUAUCCAAUGGCCAAGUCGUUACAGAGUCAAGACGAAGUCCCAGAACCUCCAUCACAUCCUCCCCCAACUCCCAGACCGGGGUUUGCCCAGCUUGCUACCAGUACGGGCAAGACACCCAUUCCGCCUAUCCCGCCUAUUCCUACUACGAGCGGAAAUACCAGCAUAGGCCCUGUCAACGACCCCAGCAGUACGUACUCUGGUCCUCCUCAGCAUGAUGGCUCAGGGGACAUCAUCAUCACUGACGAGAUGGAUAUCAAUGACAUUGAGGCCGCCAUCGACGCCAGCAGCGAGAUGGCACUCGCACAGGCAGACGUGACCACGGGCUCCAAUCCAGUUCAAGGGGGAAAUUCAGCGAACGUGGAUCCUGAUGAAGAUGUCAACAUGAAUGGUGAUCCGGAUAGCUUGUUUGACGGGACAACAGCUGGCUUGUUUGAGGGUACAACAGACUUGAUUUCUGACCUCAUUGGGGACGAUACAUUAGGGCCUGCGGACGCUUCCACGCCCAAGAGGUUUCCGGUCCAGCAGACACAGGUUCAGCAAGUCGACACGACGCAGGUCCAGCAAUCCGACACGGCUCUUCAGGCUCUUGCAGAGCCGGAUCAUGACUGGUGUCAGCUGGCAAUCAUGCUCCCCCCCAGAACUUUUCGCUUGCCGAAAACGGGCGUAGAUGAGAAGAAUCUGGAUUCUACCCUCUGGCUUGACCAACAAAAGGCCGGUUUUGUCUAUAUGCACACCCUGAAGCCACAGGCGCCGACUGGCCGCGCUCUGUUGGUGUGCUCAAGGCAGACUGGGGAGCUCAUUGUCAACAAAAACAUUCAUGCGCACCCCUUGAUGAUUGAUUGGCGUUGGAACGAAAACUACAGACGAUGGUGGCAUUCCAAUCCUGACGAGGCCAAACGGGAUUAUGCCGGGACCAUUCCGCCCGAGAUCAAAUUUGCCCGGCUUGACGAUCCGCUGGUAAAGCGACGGCUGCCAGAGGAGGGGGUAUAUCCAAACUUGUUCGGUUUUGGCAUCAGCAACGGCCGAGGAGGCGUAGAGUAUGAUUCUGCCUUCAGGAGGCCGCUAUAUGUUGACGAGUAUUCGCUGUAUUUCAAGCACUUCAACGGGUACAAUCUCCGGAGUAUCCUGGCAUAUGCCACGCAGGGUCCAAAGACGGCGCAGCUUUGGAUUGAUGAGUAUUUCAUCUGGCACGUCAUGGAGCAGCUCACGUCCGCUGUAAUCUAUAUGCAAACGGGCAUCACACGAUCGGAGCUGAAGGCAGGGGAUACGAGGAAGAAGGAGAAUUGGAAGCCGUUUGUCCACCGCAACAUCCUCCCCGAGCAUGUCUAUCUGCACUUUGAGGAAGCAUGGGAGAGGGGUCAGAGUGAAUUUGACGUGAAUAAGCGGGAUGAGGACCCGGCGGAGAAGGGCAACUAUGUCAACGAGUCCCUUCGGCGCGCGUUCCCUCGUGUUGUGCUCGGUAGUUGGUCGCAGGCCAGCGAAUUACACAGCAGCGAAAAGGUGUACAAGUACAAUCGUGGAGAGCGCAGCCAGAUCAUGGCAAGGCUAGGGAACAAGGACGUCGAUGACCACACGGGACUCAGGCCCGAGCUUUGGGAAGACAUUUAUCUUCUGGGGGCCGUACUCCGACGCUUGGUCACUGUGUGGGAUGCGCGCAAGAGGGAGGAGGAAUGGGAGAAAUCGUGGAUAGACUACAAUGUCGAUGCGGGAGAAUACACCAUCGAAAACGUGAGAACUCCCGGCGGAAACAAACCGCACUACUCCGAGGACCUUUAUGAUAUCCUCGAGCUAUUCCAAGUGCGCUCCAAAAGAAUCCAAAUACAGGACCGGGCGAGCUGGGCGGAUGAACGCUACUGGACCCCAAAAAGGUUGCAGACAAAAUCGUUUGUAGAUGUCGACAUCUUGAUUGACGUCGUGUUCCCCAUAGCGCGUUUGAAAGUGCAAAACGAGAAAGCUAAGUUCCGGGCGAACGAGGAAACUGGCUAUAUCAGCAUACCAGAUACCCUGAUGCACGGUUGGUACGCGCUCACGAACCGCAUUGACCUGAUCCCGUACACGCCAGAGGGCCAAGACAUGGAGGAGGUCAAAGGAACAAAGGUGGCGUCGCGGGAGCUUCAGUUGGUGCACGGGACCAAGUAUCUUGUUUGGUACCAAUUCCACGCCCCUGUCACCAGCGAGCUGAACCCUGGGAUCACGGACUGGCUCGCAGUUCCGUGGGCGAAGCAGGCCAUGGAGCAGCCUGCCAAACUAUGGGGUGAAUAUUGGAACCAACACUACAGCGAUGAGAUUCGGGCGGCCAAUAUGGACACUCCCGAACGCGGGGGCAGACAUCGAAUUGGUGAUAAUCAUAUGGAUGAUUCCCUUGUCACGGUGGAUGAGUCUUUGACGGGCGAAAGGAGAAUAGCGCUCGAGAAACACAAGAGAAAGGGUGGAUUCAAGCCGGACUGGCGAGUCCAACGGCCUGUGUUUGAGGCACCAAGAGGUGAUGCUGCAGAGUCUGACGCUGACGAGUAUGAAGGCUACGAAGCUCGCAAGGAUGCCCGUGUCCAAGAAUGGGACGAGCUCAUCGAGGCUGCCAACCCGAGAGAUCCCUUCUUGGCACUCACGUUGGAACAACACCUGAAGCUGGGUGCUUACGAUGGAUGCGCCGGGCGAAGCGCGUGUUGUGGCACCUCUACCCCGUCGCAUUGCAAUACGACGACAGCGCGGAGGAAGGAGGUGGAGCUCCAGGCGACAGGACGGGAGGUGGAGGAGACACCUGAGCAGCGGGCUAUCAAGCAAAAGUAUCACGCCAUGUUGGAGAGGCUGGAUCCAAAGGGCGAGUACAAGGUUGGAUUUGCGCACAAGUUUGCGGCUCCACGGGAACCUACGCCGCCACCACCACGGCCUCCUCCUCCUCCUCCGGAACGGCAACCCACACGCUCCCAAGGAACACAAGGGGAUCCGUCACCACUACCACCCUCUCCCACCACAAAGUACAAGAGGGAGGAUGAGGCGCGGAGAAUAAACAAUGAUAUUCUGGCCACGCAGCAUAGACUCCUGAGAGACAGGUUAAAGAAGGUCGUCGACCAGUACACUGAAGCCCAACACAAGAGAGACAGGCUUGAAACGGAUGACCAUGAGUCGGAGCAAUAUCAACGAUUUGUCGAAGCUUCAGAAGAGGUCAAGGAGCUGGAGGAAAAGAUGAACCUCCUCAAGAAAGCUGAUGACAACCUGCCCAAACCGGAACAACUUGACCGGCAGAAGGAACGUUUGCAGAAGGAGAUCAAAAUGUUCCGCAGACGCGCUGCCGAGUUCAAGAGGGCGGCAAAGGAGCAGAUGACACUUCGCAACGAAAAGACUGAUGACGCAGCAGACAUGAUGCAAGAGGCGGCCACUUUGAGGCUCGAGGCUUUGGAGGAGGCUGAUCCGUCCCGGGCUGGCCAACUGGAGGACCGGGCAGACGAGUUGGACGAGGAGGCCGAGGCUCUGAUCAAGGAAAUGCUCCCGCUCAAGACAAAGCAGAGCGAGCUGGCGGACAGGGUGCGGCUGCUGGAGCUCAAGAUCAAGGGCCAUACGGAGGUGAUUGCCAAGAUUGAUAAAACGCUCAAGAAACAGCAGGAACCGGCUGGGGGACCCUCAUACUUUGCUCAGGGCUAUGAGGAGGCCAUGGCGGAUGAAGGUGGUGCUGGUCCCAAUCGCAAUGAUGGUGCUAACGACAGUGAUGAUGGCGAUGAUGGUGGCGAUGGUGGUGGCGGAGGUGGUCCAGGUAGAACCUUUGAUGGAGUGAACGAUUCUGACGAGGACGACAACGACGGUGGUGGUGAUAACAACAACGACAACAAACCCGACACCGCCACCGACCCCGAACCCACCCCCCAACGACGCACCACCCGCUCCGGGCGCGUAGUCAGACCGGUCAGCCUCUACUCCCCAACCAAUAACUACAACGCCACCCAGCAAGACUCGCAAACCCCGAGGAAAAAACCCCCUCCCAAAUCACCCCCAGGCAACACCACCAUCCCCCGCAUCCCAACACCCCCUCCACAAACUGGUCAAAAACGCCCCAGAAGUGACCCAGAUACUGCCGUCAUUAGGGAAACACCCCCGAAAAACCCCCGGGUGGGCGUGGCAGAUAAAGUUGAAAUCGUCGAAGUCCCCCAAUCUCCAGAUAAAAAGCCUCCCUGGGUAAACCCCCGAAUCGAGAUUCCUUGGACGCAACAAGAGACGGUCCCAGCUACGCAGUAUUCAAGUGAGGGGGGUGAUGAGGUUAUUCCUGCCACACAGCAGCCUGAGGGGAGUAGUGAAAAGAAGAAGAGGAAGACGAGGAGGACGAAGGUGCCCAGUCCUAUUGUGACAAAGGAGAAAAAGGGGAAGGCAAGGAAGGUGUCAACCCCGACGAAGCCAAAGUCUUCGCCUGGCAAGGUGCCGGAAGCGCCGAAAAAAACAAAAAAGACGCCGGGAAAGCGGGAGUUGGAGCAGCAGGUGACGCCGACUCCGAAGAGACGGGCGGUGGGACGGCCGAGGAGGUAUGAGUAG